AUGCCUUCCGUUUCUUCUUUAAAUGUCGAAGAUAAAGCUGCAAUAAAAAGAGCCAUAAGGAACUCCACAAAUAAAAUCCUCACUGCAACUGUAGUUCGGCUUUAUGUUGCACAUCCGAACCCAGAUACGUGGACUUACAGCAACCUUAUGGGUGCU